GGGGAGGUCCAAUCGACCGGUGGACCCAAAUCCCGCGAGAGCGAGUGGCGCCUAGCGACCGACCCGGCUCGGGAACGCUGGGCUGUCCACGUUGGCGUUGUCUCCCCGCCCGCUUCGCCUCCUGGGGGUCUCGUGCCCCCACCCGGAAGAAGAAAGGCUCAGCAUGGAGACACCGGAGGAGUCACUGUUAGCUCCGGACGGCCUUCCUUCAGACCAGGCUCCAGCUUCAGCCCAGCGCUCUUCUCCCACUUCCCCGAUGGAUAAAAGCACAGACCCUGAACUGAUACCACCGCACCCCGAUGGGGAGGACCCGCCCCGGAUGUCCCCAGAUCCGUUGACUGGCUCAGUUGUGUCCCAGGAGCAGGAGGAGAGGGACCCAGUUUCUUCCUCCACCCCCCUGGAAACAACGCCUAUUGAGUUGAGCCCUCAAGCCGAGGAGCAAGAACUUUCUGAAAAAGUGAGCCUUCCAGCCCUAGAAACGAACAGGCCAGAGUUGGAGCCUGAAGAAGCCAUGGAAGGUGUGUCUGAGGAUCCCGUUCCAGAGGAUGAGGGAUACACCACUUGGAGCUACAACUUUUCCCAGAUACCUCGGUUUCUCAGUGGUUCUUGGUCAGAGUUCAGCGCCCAGCAUGAGAACUUCUUGAAAGGCUGUAAGUGGGCCCCUGAUGGUUCCUGCAUCUUGACCAAUAGUGCUGAUAACAUCCUGAGGAUUUAUAACCUACCCCCAGAACUGUACAAUGAAGGGGAACAGCUGGAAUACACAGAAAUGGCCCCUGUCCUUCGGAUGGUGGAAGGCGACACCAUCUAUGAUUAUUGCUGGUAUUCUCUGAUGUCAUCAUCCCAACCAGACACCUCCUACGUGGCCAGCAGCAGCCGGGAGAACCCCAUUCACAUCUGGGAUGCAUUCACAGGAGAACUCCGAGCUUCUUUUCGCGCCUACAACCACCUGGAUGAGCUGACAGCAGCCCACUCGCUCUGCUUUUCCCCUGAUGGCUCCCAGCUCUUCUGUGGCUUCAACCGCACUGUGCGGAUUUUCCCCACGGCCCGACCUGGCCGAGACUGUGAGGUCCGAGCCACAUUUGCUAAAAAGCAGGGGCAAAGUGGCAUCAUCUCCUGCAUAGCUUUCAGCCCAACCGAGCCCAUCUAUGCGUGUGGUUCUUAUGGCCGUUCCCUGGGUCUCUACGCUUGGGACGAUGGCUCCCCUCUCGCCUUGCUGGGAGGGCAUCAAGGAGGCAUCACCCACCUUUGCUUUCACCCUGAUGGUAACCGCUUUUUCUCCGGAGCCCGCAAAGAUGCUGAGCUGCUGUGCUGGGACCUCCGGCAGCCAGGUCAUCCACUGUGGUCCCUGAGUCGAGAGGUGACUACCAACCAGCGCAUCUACUUUGAUCUGGACCCGACCGGGCAGUUCCUGGUGAGUGGCAGCACUGGUGGGGCUGUCUCUGUGUGGGACACCAGCGGAACUGGGCCUGAGGGCAAGCCGGAGCCAGUGCUGAGUUUUCUGCCCCAGAAGGACUGCACCAAUGGAGUGAGCUUGCACCCUAGUCUACCUCUCCUGGCCACUGCAUCUGGUCAGCGUGUGUUUCCAGAGCCCACAGAGAGUGGGGAUGAAGGCGAGCAGGAAAUGGACCUUCCUCUGCUCUCCAUGCGUCACAUUCACCUUGAAUGUCAGCUUCAGCUCUGGUGGUGUGGAGGGGGGUCAGACACUAGUAUCCCUGAUGUUCAGUAGGGUGAGAAGGGACAGGAUGGAGGACAGGUUUGUAUUAAAAUGUUUUCUGUGAUA